UAGCUGGCUAGCUGCUACUUCUGCCCUCUCGCUGCCUCGCGUGCCGCAGCUGCAUAGCCGGACACCGGAGCAGCACGCGGCGCAGGGAGAGCAGCCAUGCAGGUUUUCUCGGGCCGGAGCAAGGAGCACAAGAGCAGCUACGGUGGCGGAGGCGGCGGGAAGUGCCAACAGCAGGCGAAGGAGGCGUCGAGAGCGCGGCACAAGGGCGGCAAGUGCCGCGCGCUGUGCUGCGGCGCGUCCCGGCUCAGCGUGUCCUCGUCGGCGUCGUGCUCGUCCGCCGACGCGGCGCCGGAGCCGCAGCCGCGCGGCCUGUCCAAGCUCGCGCACGGGAUGGUCCAGGCGAGGCUCCAGUCCAUGAUCGACGCCACGGAGGCUGGGCGCCGGGCGUCGGCGAGGCGGGCGCCGGACCUCGCCGGCCGGCGCCGCGGCCCGUGCGCGUGGGCCCGCGGCGGCGGAGGCUGCUACGAGAUGAGCGGCCGGAGCGGCCGCGAGGUGGCCAGGAGGACGUGCAUCGUGGUGCUCGCAGAGGACAGGAGGACGCACGACCCGCGGGAGGAGUUCCGGCGAUCCAUCGCGGAGGUGAUCGCGGCGAAGCGGAUGGCCGAGCCGGCAGAAUUGCGGGCGCUGCUCAACUGCUACGUCUCGGUGAACGCGCGCGAGCAUCGCGCCGCCAUCCUCGAGGCCUUCCACGAGGUUUGCUCCGGCCUCUUCUCUUGCAGGCUGGGUUGACUAAGCUCAAUUAGCUUGGUGAUUUGCCUGCCAUGCAUGCAUGUGAUUGGUCAGAUGAGCGGACCGGUCCAAAAAUUAAGUAGGCCAUACUAGUUACGUGGAUCUUUACAACUUAAAAAAAAUCCCAAUUCACUGAAAUCAACUGAAAAACAAGAAUUUAAAUGGGGCAUAUGUCCUCUUUGAACCUCUCCUGGGUCCACCCUUGAUUGGCCAAUCGUUCUAAGCGCUACGAAAGUGUGAUUGUAUUGUUAUAUAGUGUGACAAAUGCAUUUCUUUCCCCCUCUACUUUGUCGAAAGAAUGUUGCCAUAGUAAGCUAAGUGUUGAUGUACCCGUCUUUUGUGCAAUUUGCCAUGUACAUAUUGGGUUGUGCUAAUUAGAAUCCGUACAUCCGUUGAAUUAAAUCUUUUUUGGGUUAGAAUGUAGAGUCCACUUGGGCACAAUAAGUACACUAAAGCAUCAAUACUUAUCUAUUAUGUAAUUUAGUACUUAUCAAUAUUUAUCUCAUUUCCAUACAAUCCUAUCUUC